AUGUCAGUGGUGGAGAAAGGAAAGGUUUGUGUAACCGGCGCUGGUGGUUUUCUGGCCUCGUGGCUAGUUGAUCUUCUCCUCUCUAAGGAUUACUUCGUCCAUGGCACUGUCAGAGACCCUGAUAACGAAAAGUAUUCUCAUUUAAAGAAGCUCGAGAAAGCUAGAGACAAACUCAAACUCUCCAAGGCUGAUUUGCUGGACUACGCCUCUCUUCAAUCAGCUAUUGCAGGUUGCAGCGGCGUCUUCCAUGUCGCAAGCCCGCUUCCAUCAUCUCCACUCCCAAAUCCUGAGGUAGAAGUGAUGGCACCGGCUGUGGAUGGGACGUUGAAUGUGCUCAAGGCAUGCGUGGAAGCAAAUGUUAAGCGUGUUGUGUACGUUUCCUCUGCAGCUGCACUUAUUAUGAACCCUAAUUGGUCAAAGGACCAAGUUAUAGAUGAGGCAUGUUGGUCUGACCUGGAGUUUUGCAAAAGAUCUGGGAAUUGGUAUCGUGCGUCGAAGACACUAGCAGAAAGUGAAGCUUUCAAAUUUGCAAAACGAACCGGGAUUGAUCUCGUCAGUAUUUGCCCUACCUUGGUCUUUGGACCUGUACUGCAGCAACACACCGUUAACGCUAGUACCCUUGUUCUUGCCAAUCUUCUUAAAGAGGGUUUUGAGUCACGGGAGAACCAAGUGAGAUUUAUUGUAGAUGUGCGUGAUGUAGCUCAAGCGUUACUUUUGGUUUAUGAGAAACAAGAAUCUGAAGGAAGAUACGUAUGUACAGCCCACAAUGCUAGAGAAAAGGAUGUUGUUGAAAAGCUCAAGAGUCUUUACCCUAAUUACAACUACCCAAAGAGCUACGUCGAAGUGGAAGAAAGGGCUAUAAUGAGCUCAGAGAAGUUGCAGAAGUUGAGUUGGACUUUCAGACCUUUGGAGGAAACACUUGUGGAUUCGAUAGAGAGCUACAGGAAAGCUAAGAUCCUGGACUGUUAA